GCGGUGGGAGCCGCUGAGACACUCCGUCUCCGUAGAACCUGAGCUGGUUGUGGUCAAGUCGCCAGUGUCCUUUUACUACGUCUAAGAUGGUGCGGGAACAGUACACUACCGUAACAGAGGGCACCCAGGUAGAGAGGCCAGAAAACCAGUGUGUCUACGAAAUCGGCAUCUACGGCUGGAGGAAGCGCUGCCUCUACCUAUUUGUUCUUCUUCUACUCGUCAUCCUUCUUGUGAAUUUCGCUCUUACUGUUUGGAUUCUUAAAGUGAUGUGGUUUUCCCCAACAGGAAUGGGUCACUUGGGUGUUACAGCAGAUGGGCUUCGCCUGGAAGGGGAAUCAGAAUUUUUAUUCCCGUUGUAUGCCAAAGAAAUAUGCUCCAGAACGGACUCGGGUCUGCUCCUGCAGUCUGCUCGGAACGUGACCGUGAAUGCCCGCAACUCCGAAGGCGAGGUCACAGGCAGAUUGAAAGUGGAUGCCAAAAUGGUAGAAGUUCAGAGUCAACAGUUUCAGAUCAAUUCCAAAGAAGGCAAACCACUGUUUACUGUUGAUGAAAGCGAAGUUCUAGUUGGUACAGACAGACUUCGAGUAACUGGGCCUGAAGGGGCUCUUUUUGAGCAUUCAGUGGAGACUCCCCUUGUAAGUGCCAACCCAUUUCAGGAGCUGAGGUUGGAGUCUCCCACGCGCAGACUCGGCAUGGGCGCCCCGAAGGGUGUUCACAUCACCGCUCACGCUGGGGAAGUCCAGGCCCUGUCCCAGAUGGACAUCGUUUUCCACAGUAGUGAUGGGACGCUUGUGCUUGACGCUGAAACGGUACGUUUACCCAAGUUGGUUCAGAGGGCACAGGGUGCUGCUGGCAACUCACAAAGACUCUAUGAAAUGUGCGUGUGUCCAGACGGGAAGCUUUACUUGUCUGUGGCUGACACGGGUACUACGUGCCACGAAAACAGUCACAUCUGUCUCUAAACCACCCACAUCUUCCAUGGAGAACCUGCCUUGUUUCAGGGAACCUCAAAAUAGUGACCUCAAGCCUUCACACUUGAAGCAACUUGACACCCUGGAAAAAUGAGAUGGCAGCCGAAAGAAUACUUUCAAAAGGAGCUCAGAGAGGAAACUGUGCCGAUGACAGGGUGCAGGGGAAUGGUGAGCGGAUUUAGAUACGAAAGUCAAAGAAAUAGCAAAAUGACGUGUUUAUUCCACUAGAUUGAUUUUCAUCAGAACCACGUGAAUUUUCUUUUCCUUUCUUGUACAUGUCAAUCUACAAUGAAGUAUCAAACUGCUG